AGCUAGCAAGCCUGCCGAUCACAACAGCAGCAGCUGGUCAGUGGUCGCACUAGCGAAGGAGAGGAUCGGAGGAGAUGGCGAGGCCGCAACACAAUGACUGGUCAUCCGGACUCUUCGCCUGCUUCAAUGACUGCGAAGUUUGUUGCUUGACGACGGUGUGCCCGUGCAUCACGUUCGGGCGGAGCGCGGAGAUCGUGUCGAGGGGGGAGAGGACGUGCUGCGCGGCGGGCGUGAUGUGCGUGCUGCUCGGCUUCUUCGCCCACUGCCACUGCCUCUACUCCUGCUGCUACCGCGGCAAGAUGCGCGACAGCUUCCACCUCCCCGAGGACCCAUGCUGCGACUGCUGCGUCCACGCCCUCUGCCUGCAGUGCGCGCUGUGCCAGGAGUACAGGCACCUCAAGAGCCUCGGCUACAAACCCUCGCUUGGCUGGCUCGGAAACAACCAGCACGUCCCGCCCAAGCACAACCCGCCGAUGCGACGCUAAUAGUACGGGUGGUCUACUUAAGAUGAGUGCCUCGUCGAGUCUGUUCUUCAGCCCAUUUCUUAUAUAUCUGUUGUAUUUGCUUCAAAUUAGCUGCCGGCCGGCCACAUAUGUUUAAUAAACUUGGUUUUGAAUGACUGUUUUGAAGUAAGUGAACUUAAAAUAUGCCGGCCCCAUCGACUUCCUGAGCUCCUGCCUCCUGAUGAGCUCCCGUC